AUGGCUGUUGUUGCUCCCGACCUGACAUCGGACCUUAACGUCCAAGCUGCGCAUGUCCCGGUGACCGUCGACUCGCCAGCUGGGAAGACGAACGGCACAAGUACCGGCGCGAACGGCACUGGGCACGCUCAUACCAAUGGCAAUGGGAACGGGAGCGUCAAGAAGGAAGAAGAGGAGGAUGAGGAGAUGCCUCUGGCGCGUAAACCUGCGCAGACGAAACGAGCUGUGAAUAGCGGAAGUAGUAGUGAGGAGGACGAGCGGCCAUUGGCGAAGAAGCCGCGUGGGAGUGGAGGGGGAGGAGCAGGGGGGAGGAGGCGGAUCGUAGAUAGUGAGAGUGAGGAGGAGGAUGUGCCUGUGAAGAAGGAGAAGAAGCCUCUCGCAAAGAAGGCGAACGGGACGAACGGCGACACCAGUGCCAGCACGAAGUCCAAAUCAGCAGCGGCGGCCAAGGCAGCAGCCGCCAAGAAGCGGCGAGAGGACGAGGAAGAGUCUGACUCCCCUUCGUCAGAAUCGGAUCUAUCGGAGUCCUCGUCCGAAGCGAGUUCGGAGGAUGAGAAGCCAUUAGCGAAGAAGAAGGGUGCGGCGGCCAAGAAGGCGCCAGCGAAGAAGGCGGCAGCGGGGUCGGCUUCGGCGAAGAGUAGUGGGAGCAGAAGCGCGACGGGGACGCCUAGGAAGGGGAUGGCGGCGGCGAAGGCGAACGGUGGAGUGAAGAAGGAGGAGGGAAGCUCGGAGGAGGAUGAGGUGCCGCUUGCGAAGUCGGCAAAGGGGAAGGGGAAGGGGAAGGCGGUUGAUGGGAAGGGAGGGAAGGUCAAGAAGGAGAAGGUCAAGAAGGAGGAAGAUGGUGAUGAGGCAGAGGACGGGAAGUACCAGUGGUGGGAAGACGCAGAGAACGAUGGAUCGACCAAGUGGAAGACGCUGGUGCAUAAUGGGGUGUUGUUCCCGCCGGCUUAUAUCCCAUUACCGAAGGGCGUCAAGAUGCGGUAUGAUGGCACCUCCCUCACCCUCCCUCCCGAGUCAGAAGAAGUCGCGGGCUUCUGGGCAGCCAUGCUGGAGACGGAUCAUGUCCAGGACGCUACUUUCCAAUCCAACUUUUUCAGGGACUUUCAGACCAUUCUCAAGAAGUAUCCACCAAGAGAAGGCAUCAAGGUGGAAACGCUGGAGAAGUGCGAUUUCCGGCCUAUGUUUGAACACUUUGAGAAGGAAAAGGAGAAGAAGAAGUCGAUGACCAAGGAUGAGAAGAAGCAGAUCAAAGCGGAUCGAGAUGCCCUGGAAGCUCCCUACCUUUACGCCAUCGUCGAUGGGCGCAAAGAAAAGCUCGGCAACUUCCGCGCUGAACCUCCGGGGCUCUUCCGUGGUCGAGGCGAACACCCACGCAAAGGAACGCUCAAGUUCCGACUCCGUCCCGAGGACAUCACCCUCAAUAUCGGUACCGACGCCCCUGCGCCCAAACCCAACAUUCCGGGUAAAUGGAAACUCAUCAAACACGACCCUACCGUCACCUGGCUCGCCGAGUGGAAAGAGAACGUCAACAACAGCACGAAAUACGUCUUCCUCUCUGCCGCCUCGUCCUGGAAGGGUCAAUCCGAUCGGUCUAAAUUCGAAAAGGCCCGCCAACUCAUCAAACACGUCGACAGCAUUCGAAAGACGUACAAUGCGGAUAUGAAGUCCAAGGUCAUGGCGGAUCGACAGCGUGCGACUGCGCUGUAUUUCAUUGAUGAGCUGGCGCUGCGUGCGGGGAAUGAGAAGGGGGAGGACGAGGCGGAUACGGUCGGGUGUUGUUCGCUCAGGUAUGAGCAUGUGACGCUGGAACCGCCGAAUCGGGUCACGUUUGACUUUUUGGGCAAAGACUCGAUGAGGUUUUUGAACACCGUCGAGGUUCAGCCGCAGGUGUUUAAGAAUGUCAAGAUUUUCAAGGCGGAUAAGGAGAAGGGGGAUCAGCUGUUUGAUCGCUUGACGACCGGUAUUCUCAACAAGUACCUGAACGACUUUAUGCCCGGUCUCUCCGCCAAGGUAUUCCGUACCUACAACGCCUCGUGGACGUUCCAGCAGCAACUCCGGAAACUUACACCCGCGGACGGAUCGGUCGCCGAGAAGAUUGCGGCGUACAACGAUGCCAAUCGGGAUGUGGCCAUCUUGUGUAAUCAUCAAAAGACGGUGGCCAAGAACUUUGCCGAGAGCUUUGCAAAGAUGGGGGAUAAGGUCCGCGCGCUCAAAUACCAACGCAUGAAACUCCGAUUUCAGCUCUUCACCCUCGACCCCAAAGCAAAAAAACGGAAUCCCGAGCUCGCCGAUGACGAAUCCGACAUGGACGAUGACUUUAUGGAGCGGCACGAGGCGGAUCUGCUGGAAAAGGCGCUGGAAUCGGCCAAGAAGAAGUUUGAGCGGGAGAAUCUAAAGUUGGAAGAGGCCAAAGAGGACAAGAAGCCCAAGACGGAUUUAGAGGAGAGGUUGAAGGAGAUCAAGAAGGAGAUGAAGGAGUUGACCAAGGAGAGGAAGAGUAAGAAGGUGGAGUCGAGGAAGGGGGCGACUGAAGAAAAGCUCUUGGAUCAGAUUACCAAGAUGGAUGCGAGGAUAGCGGUGGCCAAGACGCAAAUGGGCGAUCGGGACAAGACGAAGGAUGUUGCGCUGGGGACAUCCAAGAUCAAUUAUAUUGACCCACGUCUGACUGUCGCGUGGGCAAAGAAGUUUGACGUUCCGCUCGAAAAGCUCUUCUCGAAGACACUACGCGAGAAGUUCCCAUGGGCUGAAGCAGAGGCGGAUGAGGACUGGGUGUUCUGA